GACUCUCCUCCUGUGUUCGGAUCGGGCUGUCAUGGCGGGUCAGGUUAAAGCGCUGGUCGGUGCGAAGUGGUUGGCGGAGGCGAUCCGGAGUAAUCGGGUCGGACCGAGUCUGAGGAUCCUGGACGCGUCGUGGUACUUACCGACACUGAACCGUAACGCCGCUGAGGAGUUCCGACAGAAGCACAUCCCCGGAGCCUCGUUCUUCGAUAUAGACGAGUGCAGCGACUCCUCGUCCCGGUUCGAUCACAUGCUGCCCGGGGAGGAGCAGUUCUCCCAGUACGUGGGGAAUCUGGGCGUCGGGAGCGACACUCAUGUGGUGGUGUACGACUGCAGCGACUUCGGAUCGUUCGCAGCACCGCGGGUCUGGUGGAUGUUCAGGUUCUUUGGUCACAGCUCGGUGUCGGUGCUGAGCGGGGGGUUAAAGCACUGGCUGCAUGAGGGUCAGCCGGUCACCGACCAGUACCACAAACCAGAACCGGUCCAGUUCAAAGCCCAGAUCAAUGAGAGAUCAAAGUGGGUGAAGACUUAUGAGGACGUGCUGCAGAACAUCAAACAGCCCAAAUAUCAACUGGUGGACGCUCGAGUACAGGGCCGCUUUAGGGGACUGGAACCGGAACCCCGUCCAGAAACAGAACCAGGUCACAUCCCUGGCAGCAUCAACAUGCCCUUCCCAAACUUUAUGGAUCCCACCGGACAGGAGAGGCCCGUCGAGGAGCUCAAGCAGAUGUUCGGGGAUGCUGGGGUCGACCUGCAGAAGCCUCUCUGGGUGACCUGCGGCUCGGGGGUAACAGCGUGUCACAUCGCGCUCGCCGCCCACCUGUGUGGACACCCGGGCGUGUGCCUUUACGAUGGUUCGUGGUCCGAGUGGUUUGCCAAGGCAGCGCCAGAGCUCGUCAUCUCUGAAGGGAAAGGCAAACAGCAGUGAGAGGAAGAGCUGUGUGAAUAAAAAUGAAAGAUUAAACGCUGUGUGAAUGGUUUAAAGAGCUGGAGUGUAAUUAUAACCACUUAUAUAACCUCUUAUUGCACUUUAAUCAAAAUCCAGGAAUUAACCGCCAAUUUAUAGUUACUGAAGUAUAGUUACUGAAAUAUUUGGAUAUCUGAGCUAACCUAAGUAUUAAUUUAUCUAAUCUAGUGUUUAAACCAGGUAUACAACAGUAAUAAAAGGUAAACAUAAAGAUGUGUGUAAAUUAAACCAUGUUUCUGAUACUGUG